GUUAUCAAUUGUCUUUAUAUAGAAUAUUGGCGAAAGUUUCUCUGUCAGAAGGGAAUUUAUAGUGACAUACAAGGUUUACAUUACAGGAUUAAACACCAGUCCACCAUUCAAAGAUACAACAUGCAAACCACUUUCCUUAUCAUCGGUCUUGUGACGACAGCUCUACAAGUCCAAUCAACGGCCAUCCCUGGCAAAAAAGCUUCAUUUUUAUCCAUGUUGGAGAACACCGUUAAAUCCACGCUAGAAAAGAAACUGUUGACAGAACUGGAAAAGAACGUCGACUGGAAGAACAGCCCUAAGUUUUACGAAGAGGCCUUACAGCUGAUCAAGGAGAAUGAGGGCCAAAUUCUGGGUGGAAUCAUGAGGAUGGUCAUUGACAAAUCAAACGGCACUGGAAAACUUUCCAUCAAAACGGUUGAGGAGGUAGUCUCUGACUUCCUGACCUCCAGGACUCACCACAAGAGAGACGAGGACGAUCACAUGAUGCCCAACUACCUCAACAUCAAGUUUGGCGGAUUUGGCAAAUAGCUUGUUGGAAUGUUACCACUUGCUAAUAAUUGCUGACAGAAUUAUGUGCAAUAAAAUUCACGGGAAAGGGCGGCUACUCUUGUAUAUACACCAUAUGUACAUAUUAUCAUCUUGACUUGCAGUUCUUUAUAAAUAAAACAUGGACUGUGAUACCAUUAUA